AUGAUCUGUGAUGCGCUGUGCAGCUUCAAGCCCCAGAAAAGGGUGAUGUUCGCCUUUGGGAUCGUCGCGGCUGCGGACUCUUCGACCGAGACGUUUGUGAGGGAUCUCCUGGGAAGGAACCAGGCAGAGGUGAACCGAGAGCGGGAGCUGGAGGCGACAUUUGCCAACUUCGAUCAAGACAGGGAUGGCGAGCUGAACCACACCGAGUCCUGGGCCUGGUACCGGUUCCUUGAUGAGGAUGGCCAGGACUCCGACGUUUCAGAGCAGCACCAAGCUGCCUUCCUCGAGUUUGACCACGAUCACAACAGCAAGUUCUCUCGUGCCGAAGUUUUAGAGCUGCUCUCCUGCAUGGACAAGGUGGAAGCGUUGCAAGAGGCUGCAGACAUGGAGGAGGAAGACUCCGAGUCAGACGGGGAAGACGAAGAGCAGGAGGAGGACGAGGAGGAAGGGGAGGAGGAGGAUGAGGAUGAAUCUGAGGAAGGCUACGACGAUUCAGAAGAAGAUGAACACAUGGAGGAUCAGUAG